AAGAGAGUCGUUUAUCUCUAUACGACCGGUGCUUCUGUGCAGGUUCCGCUGCAUGUGCUGACAUCAAGGUGCUUGGAGGACUCAUACAUUGUACUGUUUUUAUAAUUAACAUUAUUGUGGACUGUUGUUAUUCGUGAAAACUUUCUGUUUUCGUCGAAGCAUCUCGUUUUGCCGGGAAAAGCAGUGAGUUGUGUCGCGCAUAAGUGAUUCCAUCGGGUGAGUGUAUAACGCCAUAAAAUCGGCUUUGCCGAUGUUCUUUGAUUCGACUCCUCAUAGGGAAGACUUGAGACCGUACCAGGAAGGCAAGCAUGAUAUGAGACUGUGAAGAGUGCUGCCCAUUGUUAACGAAUUAACUAAAUUUGUAGUUCGUAAAUUAUUUUUAAAAUUAUUGAAAGUUUUGAUGCUUGUGAUAAAUGAUAUUUGUUGAAAUAUUUUAUUAAAAUUUUACGCUGAGAAGUUUAGCGUUACUAUUUCUCAGAUCAAGAAAAAUCGCCAUGCUUGCUCAUGCAACCGGGCGGCCCCUUUGCCCUCGACCUCGCACUUCGCACAGCACACGAGUUGAAAGAUGAUCUACAGAUUUUUGUUUUCAAAAAUCUAAACUUUUAAUUCUCACGAUUAUUACAUACUAUUGCUGUUUAAGCAAAGUACUAUUUUAGAAGUUAGAAAUAAGAAAAUGGUCAUGGAGGCAUCCCCUUCUCCACAAAAUGUCGGUCGUGAAUUUGUCCGACAAUACUAUACUUUACUUAAUCAGGCUCCUGCGCAUCUCCAUAGAUUCUAUAAUCAACAUUCUUCUUUUGUACAUGGAGGAUUAGAUUCAAAUAGAGAGUCUACUCCUGCAAUUGGCCAAAAGCAAAUACAUCAAAAAAUUCAACAAUUAAAUUUUCGAGAUUGUCAUGCUAAAAUAAGUCAAGUUGAUUCACAAUUAACUCUUGAAAAUGGUGUUGUUGUACAAGUAUCUGGAGAAUUAUCCAAUGCUGGACAACCAAUGCGCCGUUUUACACAAACAUUUGUUUUGGCUAUACAAGCACCAAAAACAUACUAUGUACAUAAUGAUAUAUUUCGUUAUCAAGAUUUGAUCUUUCCUGAUGAAGAGGAAACAGAUGUAGGUGUUGUAGAAGGAGGUGUAGGUGAAUCUGGAGAGAGGGAAGGGGAAGAAGGAGGUCGUUCUGAACCGGAAGAAGAUGAACAUCAAAAUCGAGGACAGCAACUUUCAGCACCAGCUGCAUCUACUGAGCCUCAAGCUCAGCCACCGCUUAUCCCUGCACAACAACCUGUACUACAACAGCAGCAACAAAUAUAUUAUGCUCCACCACCGCAACAAACUCAUGUACAUCCCGUAAUGCAACAAGUACUAAAUGGAUCGGUUCAUGAAGAAACACCAUUGAUCAAUCAACAACCACCACCUGCACAGCAGCAGCAACAACAGCAACAACAACAACCGCCUCCACCACCUGCUCAACAACAUCAGUAUAUAACUGAAACUACAUCACAAACACAAUUUGUACAAGAAACAGAAUUGGAUUCCACUACUGAGCAGCAACAACAAACGGAAAAUGAACCACAAGUACAAUCAAAUGAGACUCGAGAACAACCUGAAACUGAAACAUUUACUACAUCUGUACAAGAAUCUGAACCAGAACAUCAAGUGGCAAAUACAAAUGUAACUAGUAGUGGGCCGAAAACAUAUGCUAAUCUUGUUAAAUCAUUCCCCAGUACUACCGGAGCUACCAGCCCUCAAGCCCCCAAAUUAUCUAUGUCACCGCCUCCAUUGACAAACUUACGUUUAGACGAUAGAUCACCAUUACAUCCGACUAAUAGUGGACCUACACUUUCUACAUCAACUAGUGUUUCCACGCCUCAACAACAAACUCAUAGAGUUGGUAAUCAACAACCACAGCAACAGCAACAUCAACAACAACGAGCUCCAAGAGGAGGGGCAGUGCAACGAGAUGGCGAUCGUCGAGGAACAAGACAAAGCCAAUAUAGCGAUGCCCAUCAACUCUUUCUUGGAAAUUUACCGCACAAUGCAUCAGAAGAUGAUUUACGUCAAGUGUUUGAAUCUUAUGGUAGAGUGGUAGAGUUGCGUAUACACAGUAAAUCAAAUGAUAGGUGCAAAGGUCCACAAGGAAAUAAUACAGGAAAAGUGCCUAACUAUGGAUUUAUCACUUUUGAAGAUCAGCAAGUUGUUAGCAAAGUGUUGCAGAAUUUGCCAAUUUAUUAUCCUGCUGAGAAUGGACAAAAAUUAAAUGUUGAAGAAAAAAAAGUUAAGCCUAGAACAAUGGAGGGCAGCGGUGGUCGAUUGAAUUCGAAUGAUGGUAGUAUGAGAGCAAUGGGCGGACAACAACAACAGCAACAGCAACGUGGUCCGGGUGGACCUGGAGGAAUGAUGAGAGGUGGUCAACAUGGUACAAGAGGUGGACGUGGAGGAUUUUCACGAGGGGGUGAUGGUGGAAGGGGAGGUGGUGGAAUGCGGCAAUCUGGUAAUCCAAGCAAUUUAAGUUACCAAAACCGCCGCUAAUACUUCAAGCAAUGUUAAAGGCACACCCCAGUUUCUUUUUUCUUCGGUCAUCGAUAUAUAAUUAUCAUUCUCAUUUUUAAACUCAAAAUCCAGGACUAUUUCGUAUGCAACAUAACGUGAUUAAAGGCGCUAUCCUUUUACGCUUAAACAUCGCUUGCAUCGUUUGUCAAGCAACAACUAUAAAUGACGCAGCUCAAAUUGUAUGGAAUACGAACUCGAAUAGGAUUAUCGCAUUUAUGCUAAGUUCGUCGUGUUUGUGGAUAAGGAAUAAUGAUUUAAUAAAAUAAUUCAUUGAACAUUCAACUUAAUAGGUUGGAUAUUUGAUGAAGUGACUACGAGUUCGUCCUUCAUACAUCGACGUCAGACAAUUUACAAGACUUUACGAUGAAAACAAAACUGCAUCCAUUUGCAUAUGUACGUAUAACAGAGCGACGUGUGAUAUCCUGUUUUGAGAUAUGGGUGUGUUUUUGUCUCCUAAUACGUAGCCCACGUUUCUUAAAAGCCAAUAUAUUCAAAAAAGAAAAUUGUUGCCAAUUUUUGUGAUAGAAUGCAGAAGAAAACUUGAAUUAAGAAAACGUUAUCGAAAACCAUAUAUGGCAUAUAAAAACAAGAUAUAGCGAUAGAAAUAUACAUCAUAUAUACAUACACAUAUAAUAUAUAUCGAACUAGGAUUUGGUAACAUAUUUUUUGUUUUCUAUUGGAUAAAUGUUAUGAUGAAAGUCAUACGUCGCUCUUUUAGUUUUCUUCGUUUGCCAAUCGUAUUCAGGAGACAUAAGCGGUGCGAAUUCCGCUCUCGUAUAAGUAAGUCACGAGCCAAAUUAAACGAAAUUAAAACGAGAGGAUACGAAUCGUUUUAACUAUGAAAUAUCGUACAUUUCAUAUGCUCUCGAGUUAAUUCAUUGACUGCCGAUAAAACGUUCCACCUACAUGUAGAAAGUCGGCAAUAAUGUUUAUAGGUGGUAGUUGGUCGGUGUUGGUUAACGAGUAGAGAACUGCGGCUGUUCUGUGGUCGCAUACAAAAAGACACAGUCGAUUUUUUCACAAAACAUGGCCAAUUAUCAAUCGACCGGUAUCGAUUGAUAGUGGGGCAGUAUCCUUAGACUGCAGCUGGUCUCGCCGUUUCCUAAUUCAUCCGCGUGUCGCUUAUGCUCUAUUUUGUUCCAAUCUGCUAAUUUUUGUUCGAUUUUUUUUUUUUUUUUCUAUUCCAUAUGUAUCUUUGCAUAUUAAGCUCUUGCUUUUUCUUCUUAUGUUAAUCAUCAUCUCUUUCUUAUUUACACUUCUUUUUGUCGAUCUUUUGUUUCUUUUUUUUUCCUUUUUUUUUUUUUCUUUCUUUCUUUUAGAUCAUAAAGAAGGGCAAUAUUAUUUCAAAAUUAAACUUGAAUAGUUCAGUACAAUUUAUUGAGAAUUCUAUAAUUUCCAAUAGUCUUUAGUCUCUAGUGAUCGCAGAACUCGCGCAGUGCGCUGCUAAAAUAGAGAGACCUAGUACCAUUAUAACAACACAAAAUAUCUUGACUUAAUGCAAAAUGUCGUAAUUACAGAAAAUUAUUGGAAAAUUAACGUUGUAUAAUAUUGAACAAAAAAAUUUGCCCGCUUACUAACAUAGCUAGUAUUAUUCUUGUAAUGAUUAUACAUACGUAAAUAGCAAUUUUUCAAAGUUCGAUCAAAAGUGAUAAAUAUUCAUAUAAAAAUAUUAUAAACUUCUUUCAUCAGGCUCUUUUCUUCGAUAUUAUACUUCCAUAUCAAUGAGAUAAUGAGAUCGAAAUAAUACGUAUAAAUAUUUUUUUGAAGAAGAUUGUGUUAGUUUUCUGGCACUAAGAUACAAUUUUAAAUGUUUCUCAAUCUACGUAUAUUUGUCGUAUGAAUGAAUAGUUUUAUUCGCAUGAAGUAAUAACAACAAUUUAGUGAAAUUAGAUUGACGAUUUAACUUAUCUUUUAUAUACAAAAAAAAAAUAAAUUCAGCACGUGCACUUAUUCUAUAUCACCGAAUGGAAUUGAGAAAUAUUUUAAUUCUUGUAAGUACUCUAAUAUGUAGAUAGUAUUUUCCUAUCUGUAUUUUCGACAUGUGUCCGUAUAAAGGUGCUAGGGCAGAUGAAACAAAGGAGAGAAAGAGAACGAAAGGGGAUGUGUGUGGAUGUAAGAGAGAAAGAGAGAACGAGAGAAAGAAUUAUGUGUUUAUCAAAAAAGAAAAAAAAGAAAAAAAAAAAUAUUAGAAAUAUUUUCGAAUUUCUAGAAACAGUUUGCAAGAUGAGUCCUGCGAUUAUUAGAGACAGGGCGAUAUAUUUUUUCUGGCCUAUUUGUCAUGUUCUUCCUUUUUCUUUUAUUUUUGUUAACCAAAAAUAUCGUUUUUUUUCUCUCUAAAUUCUCAUCGCAUUAUAAGUCAUCGAGUAAUCAGGAUAAGAUUUUCAAACCAACAUUGCAACAAUGUAGAAGAAUCGUGAGUGCAAAGUAAAAAGUAAUACAAAACUACCAACAUCGUGAUAACAGUGGUAGCGCAUAGUAAUUUAUGUGCCAUCUCGUACAUGUACACCUCGCCCUAACCCAAGUGCACAGAUGAAAAUACAGAUUAAAAAUGGACAAAAAUUAACUGUUUUUAAUAGUGCUGAGAACACAGAGGUGAUAACAAUAUGUUGAUGGUGAUAAAUUAACUAAUAUAUCGAAUUUGGCAAAAAAAAAAAAAAAAGAAAAAAACUACAAAGUGCACGGCGACUAAAAUGCUACGAUAUUAAGGCUGAGAACAUGUGAAAAGUAAUUAUUUACGUUUCUUAUUAAUCCAUUAAAUUGUUACGUAGUCUACAUUAAACAUCCGCAAUAGUUUGUAAUCGAAUGCGUUACAAGUGCUAUGUCCGGGAUAAAGCAGAAUUAUUGGCGAACGACGUGUGGUCUUUGUUUUAUACUUUUUGAUGUAACACCUUUCUACAAAGGUAUAUAUGUAAUUUUAUUUAAGCAGAGUUUCACACGGUAAAACAUAAGUAUUUUGUGUAACAAAAUUCAAUGUUUCUAAAACAUUGUUUUAUAUUAUAUAUCGCGAUGAUGCUGCUUUGUCUCGGUCAUGGAUAAAGAGGUAAUUUCGCGUAAUUAGUUGGCCAAAUUAUUCGUCUCGUCGAAUAAUUAAAAUAUUCACGAAGUAUGCUCGUAAAUUAAGAAUUUUCCAGCCAAUUUUCGUAGAUGAAUUUUAUUAAAAAUGAAAACGAUCAUCGUAAAAGAAACGAUUUAUUUAUUUCAACUUAAUAUUUAUGGAUUUAAAAUAUUUAUAUCCCUUCUAUCUCAAUAUUAUAAUUGAAAAUAUAAUAUUUUCAAUUGUACAAAUAGCAGUAUAUUCAAAUUUUAUAUAUUCAAACAAUGAUAUGAUAUUAUCAUUAUGACUAUAAUUUUAAGCAUCGAAUCAGUUGCUAAGUUUUUCCUAUUUAAAUCGUAGAAUAAUCGUAAAAAGGAAUUACGAAUUUUUAUGGCUAAAUAUUUUAACGAGCUCCUUCUCACAAACUUCGACAAGUAGAACGUAGCACUUUGAUCUUUCCUUUUAGUUAAAUUUUCAAUAUGUAAAUACAGUUUUUAAGUAAGUUCAUUUGUACCUUUAGGUAUAUACGUACAUAUAUAUAUAAAUAUAUAUAUAUCAAUAUGCAUCUCAUGUAUAACUGUAUUAAAAACAAAGUGUUCAGAAGCCACGCAUGCGCGAGAUCACCUCUUUAUACCUGAACGAAAGCUCUGCAAAUUUUUAGUGUGAAUGUUUUCGUUUUAAGUGACUAUUAAUAAUAAUAUUAAUAAUAAUAAUAAUAAAAAAAAAGAUAAAUAUAAUGAGCGAAGAAAGGAAUAUGAAGAAACACAAAUAAUUAUAACAAUAUAAUAAUUAGAGGAUGGCGAAUAAUAAGUUGUGAAUUUUUGUAGUAUACAUUUUUAUUUCGGUCUACCAGGCCAGUUUGUGUGUACAACCAUGGUCAACGUUACUACGACAAAAAAAGAAAUAAUGUUAAAGGAAAAUGAAAAAAAAAAAAACAAACAUCAAAUGUAUUGUAACUUUUUGCAUUUAGUAUAAUAUACCUACCUUACUACCAA